AUCUGGUCUUCCGGUGAGCCCGCCCAACCAACCUGCAACUUCAAAGGUCUAAAGAGAGAGAGAGAGAGAAGUAGAGAGAAAGAAAAACUUUUUCUGAAAUAUAUCUAUCUGAGUCAAAACUUUUUUAUCCAGGGAUUUUAUAUUUUUGGUGGCGUCACAUGAAACCCCUGAAACAUAAGGAGACCUGAAGAAAAUUUAAAGAAAACAAAAAAAAAUUAAAAAAAGUGAUCGAUAAUAAUAAGCAACUUCAAACCGGAAGUAAGAGUAACCGCGCAAGAAAAUGCUUAUGACUGGCAUAUGAUGAUAGCUGUUUUGCCAAAUACGGAAGAAACCUCCAUAUUUGGUCAAAUAUAAAUAUGACGCAACACAAAUUUGGCGGGGUAACUAUAACGACGCACAACGUGCAACAACGUUCAUUUUACGUUUGCUUCUCGACGUGGUGACUGUKGGCAGUUUUGCUCUCGAUUUGCAUUACUCAGCAAUAACUAAGAAACGUUUCAACAACGUUUGUGAGUCAUAAAACGUUUCAGUGUCAUCGAAACGUUCAUAUUCAACGCUAACUCCAAGAUCAAUGUGUUCAAAACGUUUCUUCUCAAAACGACGAUCAAGAAUGAACACCGAAGGACUACCAGUUCAAGCUUUGAAGAGAAAAAAGACACGAAGACUGAAGAAAAGAAAACUACAAGACUGUGCAAUAACUGACCGACAUGAGACACCUACCAAGAAAAUGAGGAAACAGCCUGCUGCUCCAGAAAACACAACUCAGUUUAUCAUGGACGACCGCGAACAACUCGAACCCUUCGACUUCAGUGUGUCUUCACCAUGUAGCUCAUAUUCUAACUCAACUUCUUCUGUGCGAGGAAGUCCUGUUGAUGAACAUGAGUUUGACUAUUGCUCGGAUGUCGAAGAGAAUUUCGAUCAAGGUUACUUUGAAAAAGACUUCAACAACAUGUAUGACAACAUCCACGCUGAAACACUUUUCUCGCUUUCAAAACAAGAACUGAUCAGCCGUUAUCUUAAUUUAGAGAAAAGAGAGGAAGAACUGCUUAAACGAAUCAGAAUAAUGAGCUGCGAGGAGAGGAUGGAAACGCCGUUUAUGGAUUUUCUGACAUCGGAGAAUACAACCAGCAACAAGAUGGUGCUCACAACAGCUGAAAGCGCUUCUUGUCGGUCUARUGACAACAUAAGUUUGGUCUCAGAACGUGAUAGUUUACGGAAUACCAACUCUCAACUGGCGCAAGAAAAUAAAAGACUUCGGGGUUGUUAAAAGAGAUUAUAAUUUGGCUUUAUUUUGUGGCAAAGAAUUUCAAACAAAGGUGACGUGGCCACAAGAAAAUCCAACAUGGCGGACAAAGCGCGGCAAACGCGUGUUGUAUCGACAUGAAACUUUUCAUCAACAGUCUGUGUUAAGGCUCUGUUGGAAAAAAGCAUGUGAAUCAAGUGGAGGAACACACCCACUGUUAUCUACACACCCAGUUCUUGGCUUGUAGUGACGUCAUGGAACAUCGACAUGCCACCACCAACCUUUAGGUGUAUAGAAGGAUGGAGGUAGUAACUUCCUUUAUUCUCUUCUUUACAACUCUUAUCUACUGUGAUCAUUGAUUGUUGUUUGGGGAUGGGGAUACUAACCUUAUAUUUUUCAGGUUUACAACAAUGAAAGUUCUCGCAGAAAACCACACAAGUAGCACACACACACACACACACACAUACAAACAAUAUUGAGACAAAUAAACUGUUUUAAACCAAA